UAAUUGUUAUAUAUGUGAUGUGCUGACGUGAAAAUGGUAAAAGGAGGAAGAUAAUGAUUGAAAUUACAAAUUUGCCCCUAUUUUAGCUCGUAUUUUCUCAGAAAAAGAAAAAGGACGUGGGUUGAAUAUAACACAUCUGAAAAAUGAAAGACCAACAAAAAAGUGGGAGAAGAAGACUUUCCGACCAGUAAUUUGUACGGAGUAGUUUACUUGCGAGUUCCCUUUUCAAUUUCUUUCCCUCCCUUCUUCUUCUCCUUCAAUUUCCCCAUUUUUCAAAAAUCAUCCGACAAAGGAGAGAGAAAACACACUCACUGCAUUUAACAUUACCUAGUUACCCCAUUUCAAUUUCAAAAUGAACCCCUAAAAACCACCCCCAUUUCACCACCACAACAACCACCGUCACCACCACCUCCGGCCCAGCCCAGCCCACAAAAUGUCGAUCAAAGGGCCCAAAUCAACGGCCCACCACCAGAAGCCCACAUCACCAAUCCCCUUAGUCGUAACCCUAAACUGCAUCGAAGACAACGCUUUAGAACAACACUCCCUCGCCGGGGUCGCCGCCAUCGAACACGUCGGCUUAAGCCGAUUAGCCGACGGUAGAAUCGAGUCAGCCGCCGCUGUUCUCCUCCACUCCCUCGCUUUCCUCCCACGCGCCGCCCAACGCCGGCUUCGUCCAUGGCAGCUUGUUCUCUGCCUCGGCUCAUCCGACCGCGCCGUUGAUUCUGCUUUAGCCGCCGAUCUUGGACUUCGACUGGUCCACGUCGAUGUUUCUCGGUCGGAGGAGAUCGCUGAUACUGUUAUGGCUCUUGUUCUUGGGCUUUUGCGACGGACGCAUCUGUUGUCGCGACAUUCUUUGUCUUCGUCAGGGUGGUUGGGUUCUGUGCAACCGCUUUGUCGGGGGAUGCGACGGUGUCGGGGGUUAGUGCUUGGGAUUGUCGGGAGAUCUGCGUCGGCUACAUCUUUGGCUACCAGGAGUUUGUCGUUUAAGAUGAAUGUGCUUUAUUUUGAUGUUUCCCAGGCACAAGUAAGCAGGUCGAUUAUAUUCCCUCCUGCUGCCAGGAGAAUGGAGACACUUAAUGAUUUAAUGGCUGCAAGUGAUGUGAUCUCUCUCCAUUGUGCUUUGACAGAUGAGACUGUCCAAAUUAUUAAUGCUGAAUGCUUGCAGCAUAUCAAACACGGUGCAUAUUUGGUGAACACUGGAAGCAGUCAGCUUUUGGAUGAUUGUGCUGUGAAGCAGCUGUUGAUCGAUGGAGUCCUUGCUGGCUGUGCACUGGAUGGUGCUGAAGGGCCACAAUGGAUGGAAGCAUGGGUCAGGGAGAUGCCUAAUGUGUUGGUACUACCACGAAGUGCAGAUUACAGUGAAGAAGUAUGGUUGGAGAUAAGAGAAAAGGCAAUUUCUAUAUUGCAAACUUACUUCCUUGAUGGUGUUGUUCCAAGUAAUGCUGUCUCUGAUGACGAGGACGAGGAAAGUGAAAUAACCUUUGAGAAUGAGAAAUCUGAUAAACAAGACAGAGAAAGACUGCCGCAGAGUCCAGUUCUUGAGCGUCUGACAAUUGAUAACUUAGCGACUCCAGAAAGUUCCCAUAGGAAAUCUUCAUCUGCUCAAUUAGAUUCUCCUAGCCAGCAUCAGGUUUCAGGUUUGUCUCCAAAUAACUCUGCUCAAUCUGAAACGAAGCGUAGUAGAUCAAGCAAAAAGGCUAAAAAGAGACAUGCUCGCCAAAAGUCCCAACAUAAAACUGAGGACAUCUUAGAAAAAGAGAGUACUUCACAGCAGGAAGAUGCUGCUGCUAUGAGUGGUACUGAGCAGGUUCAAAGCUAUGGUUCCAGGUGUGCUUCACCGGAAGACUCUAGAAGCAGGAAAACAUCGAUAGAAUUGGUGCAAGAACCAUCAUUGGACAUGUUUCAGAAAGAAGGCAAGAGCACUAGUCGGAAAUCUGCAGAGCUACUUAAAGAUGGUUGUGUUAUAGCCUUACAAGCAAGGGAACGCUCUGGGCUUCAUGUCUCAAGACAAAGGGUAAAGGGAGGUGGUUGGUUCCUAGAUACAAUGAAUAGUGUUACCAAAAGAGAUCCUGCAGCUCAGUUUCUUGUUGUUUUUGGAAGCAAGGAUACAAUUGGAUUGCGAUCUCUUGCAGCUGGUGGGAAAUUGUUGCAGAUAAAUAGAAAGAUGGAAUUUGUAUUUGCCAGUCACAGCUUUGAUGUAUGGGAGAGUUGGUCACUAGAAGGUCCUUUGGAGGAGUGUAGAUUGGUUAAUUGUAGAAAUACACAGGGUGUUCUUGAUGUGCGAAUUGAAGUUCUGGCUUCUGUAGGAGAAGACGGAGUUUUGCGUUGGCUAGAUUAGGUUCACAGAGCUGGUGAAAUAUUGGUUUUCAAAUUACUCGUAUUAGGUUGCUUAAAAUUCAACACGGCUUGUAACUUUGUAUAUCUUUCAGUACUAUGUAUCUCAUCAGUAUUUAGUGUGUUUUUCUGUUAGAAGUGUUAGUAUUGUGCCUUGGAGAUUUUUUCGAGUUUAUGUUGAACAUCCACUCUGAUCGGCAAAACCAUCAAAUUGAGUUGAUCCAAUUUUGUAUUGGAAAAGAGAAACAUUUUGUACAUCUUAUCGCCAAUUCGCCCUUAAUGAGUCGUAUUGUCACGUG